AUGGAGGGAAGCAGCUCGCUGUCGAGCUUCGGAUGCUCGCUGGCGCCAAGAUUCGUGCCACCGCCCGCCGACGCCUACAAGACCCCCUACGCCACCGCCAAGGUCCGGCCAACUCGCCGUCGCCGCCGCUCAGCGCCUCCCCGCGCUCGUCCGACCGGCCCAGGAGCUUCACCGCGACGUCCUGGUUCUUCCCCGACAAGCAGCGCAAGCCGGCGAGCCUUCAAUCGCGCGAAUCGGGUCCUCGUUCCCGUCUCCGGCAACCACCGCUCGCCGCCGAUUCCGAGCUCCUCCGGCCUCGCCGCCAAGCUUCCCGUGCUCACGGUGAGCAGGCGGUCCUCCCCGUGCCCUCGCCCUGCUCCCCCUCGCCUUCUAGCGCCGCGGCACUCAUGGCACUCGCCCGGCCGCCGCGUUCCAUCGCCGCCGGCCAUGCUCCGGCGACGCAAAUGGAGCGGCGCCGCCACCAAACGGUUCGCCUCGUCGAGCUGCGCCGUUUCCCCCCUAGCGCCCGCUCGAUUACGGCCUCAAUCGGCCGAUUGCCGCGCCACCUGCGAGCUCAAGGUCGCGCUGACGUCAGCAUGA